AACACACCAACGCUCGGACACACGGAGCAACAUGUUUGUUUUCUCUUUUGUUUCAGAAUCAAUUACUGAACCAGUGAAUAUAUAUUAUUAAUAUAUGUAUAUUUGUAAUUGUAUAUAUUUCGUCUCUAAAUAGAAACAAACCGUGUUUCUAAUAUUUGGAUCAAACUAAACAUGUGAAACCUUCUAAAUAGUCAAAGUAAAUUAUAUUUGAUCUAUUUCCAACAUGAUGAGCUCAACAUAUUUAUUAAUUAAAUGGAACUCGUCUUGAUUGAUUCGUGUAAAUCAGGAGAGCUGACGUCAUGAAACACUAAAGAAGAAAAAGAAAAAGAAGGGGGAGAGGAACUGGAGACUGACUUUUUAACGGAACAGCGGAGCUCUGAGAUAUCCCAGCUUCGCGAGGGUCCGUGAAGGGGAUACAAACUUGGUCAACAAGACGCCAGUUGAGCAGCUUUCGGCUUCAUCCUGGAACUUCUUCUUCUUCUUCUUCGUCUCCCACAACUACUUUUCCUUCUUCUCGGUGGUUUCGGGCCGCAGCUCGUCCUUCCGAGCCCCUGCUCGGUGAAGUCCUCCGGAGCCGGGUUCCCUUGGUGACCCCUGAGAGCCGGUGAGGGUCCGGGAGCAGCUCCAUGCGGGCCGGCUAACAAAAGACCAGCGCGGCUUCCCCUCCGGUUCUUCCCGCUCAGGGCUCCGGUUCUCCCGUGAGGACGAGCUUUGGGUCCGUUUAUCCACAGCCCGGGUCUCCAGUUCGGUUCUUUGUGACCCGGUGUCCCUGUUUCCCCUUCUUCUCCCCAAAGAGCCGCGAGAUGCCGCUUCUGCACAGGAGAGCCUUCACCCGGCAGAGACCUCCCGGGGACCUGCGUCCCGACGAGGAGGUCUUCCUCUGCAAGAUCACCCACGAGAUCUUCAGGAGCUACGACGAGUUCUUCGAGCGGACCAUCCUGUGUAACAGCCUGGUAUGGAGCUGCGCUCUCACGGGCCGGGCCGGCCUCACUUACCUGGAGGCGAUGGAGAGUGAGCGGCGGGCCCGGCUGAGUCUGCAGAGCUUCUCCCCUGCGCUGCUGGUUCCGCUGCUCCACCUGGCCGCUCUGAGCCGCCGCUGCCGGCUGACGGAGCUCUGCGAGGACGUCUAUAACUUCGCCAAAGACCGCUUCUUCCCCGGGGAGACGGUGGACGUCAACGCCGCCAGACAUGUGUGUGAGAUCCUGCAGGUUCACUCUUCUCACUCCAGCGCUAACGGCCGCCCCAAACCAGCCGACCAUGACACCAUCGUCAUCAGUGACAGCGACGAGGAGGGCAAAGCCUUCCAGAAUCCCACAGCACAGGUCAACGGCAGGAAGAAGAAAAAGCCUCUGAGUCCAUCAGUGUUUAAAUACACAGUGAGGGCGAUAAAGGCCGAACACACCGAGCCGUUCACUGUGAAAGCCAAUCAGAUCAGUCGUAGAAAGACCAGCGUGUCCAAAGAGAGACUGAAGCUGCUGUUCAAGCAACACUGUGAACCUCAGAAUGGGACCAUCGUACUCAAGCCCUCCACAGUGGUGAAGUACCGGCUCUCUGAACAAACCCUCUCUCAGUUCUUCCCUGAUGAACCUCCCCUCUUCCCCUUCAGCCUCCACUCUAAAGGUGGAGGGCGUGGCUCACCUGCUCAGAAGGGUGUGAUGUGUUCUCAGGCAAGCUCAUCGUGGAUGAAAGCGGCGGCGGAGGAGAAGUUGAAGCUGCUGCAGCAGAAGGAGGACAUGGCAGCUGCAGUUCAGGACCGAACUCGGCUGAAGAAGAAGGAGGAUGUGCUGGAGACCAAGAGGAGGGAGCGGGAGGAGCAGAGGAGGAGGUUUGAGGAGGAGAAACAGAGGAGGAGGGAGGAGAAGGAGCGCAGUAAGCUGGAGAAGGACAGGGAACGAGAGAAGCUGAAGGAGGAGAAGAAGAAAUACGCUGAGCGACUGAAACUAUGGAAUAAACCCAGAGAAGACAUGGACUGUGAAGACCUGAAGGAGUUGCCCAGUCCGGUUCCAGUGAGGACUCGUCUUCCAGCCCAUCUCUUUGGUGAAGCUCUGAUGGUUCUGGAGUUCCUGCGGGCCUUCGGCGAGGUCUUUGCCCUGAAGGACGAGUUCCCCGACGGCGUCUCUCUGGAGGUUCUAGAAGAGGCUCUGGUGGGUUCUGAUCCUGAGGGUCCUCUAUGUGAGUUGCUGUUCUUCUUCCUGUCGGCCAUCUUUCAGGCUCUGGACGAGGAGCAGGAGGACGUGGCGAAAGAGCAGGCUGAAGACCUGUCGGAGGCCCUGGAUGAGGACUGUGAUGCGACCCACUCGGCGCUCAGUGCCGUGUCCUCGCUGGCGGCCUCGUGGUCUCCGCUGCACCAGGGCUGCGGUCUGAAGCAGCUGGACCUGGACAGCUGCACGCUGUCGGAGAUCCUGCGGCUGCACAUCCUGGCGUCCGGCGCCGACUGUUACCACGGCAACGCCAAGUUCCGCUACCAGAAGCAGGGCGGGUUCACGCCGAUGGACGAUCCGUGUGUCGAACUGCGAUUGGCUGAGCCGGCGCUGCUGAAGAGGCUGACGAGCACUUCUGUGUACGACCUGUUGCCAGGGGAGAAGCUGAGGAUCCUGCAGGCUCUGGUGGGGAAGUUGUUGACGUUGGCGUCCAGCAGAGACCUGAUUGAAGACUGUGUGGAGGAUCAGAGAUCCGCCAAACAGGAGUUGAGAGAAAUCAGAGCUGAACAACACCGCAGAGACAGAGAGGAGGCUGCACACAGAGUUCGUCUCCGUAAAGAGGAGAAACUGAGGGAGCAGGAGCUGAGGCUGAAAAAGGAGAUGAGCCUGAAGGAGCAGGAAGUGAAGGGAAGACUCAACAGCAGUGACACUCCUGGAGAACAACUUGCUGAGGAAGACGAGGAGCAACGCUCCAAGAAGAUGAAGGCUCAAGUCAACCAGAGAGACCAUCAGAUGACCUCUGACCUCAAAGCCCCGUGUGGCCCCCCCACCCUCCUGAGUGCAGAGGAGCAGGAGAAGGUUCGAGAGCUGCAGGAGCGGAUCCAGAAGGCGGCGGCCUGCACCUGCCUGCUUCCUCUGGGCCGAGACCGCCUGUACCGCCGGUACUGGCUCCUCCCUUCCGCCGCCACCCUGUUUGUAGAGGACGACUGUUUCGGGCUGACGGAGGACAUGCUGCGUCCACGGCCCAGACCCGCGCAGGACGCCACCAACGAGAUGGAGGACGAGGAGGUGGUCCAGGAGGAGCCCACCGAGAGGAGUGCUGGCUCAAGUCCCGCCCUCAUCCACACCUGUGGGCCGCAAGUCAAACGUCUCAACCAAUGGUUUUUCUACACCUCAGAGGAGGAGGUGGAUGAGCUCAUAGAGGCUCUGAACCCCCGAGGUCACCGAGAGAGCGGCUUGAAGGAGGCGCUGCUGCAGGAGAGAGACCGACUGACACACCUGAACAAGCACAGUCACACAGAUGAUUUGGAGUCUUCCCGAUCUGUCCCACAAUGCACCUCUGCAGCUGAGACUCUGAUGGAGGGGAGACUGAGAGACCUGCUGUUGGACAUUGAGGACCGAAUCCACCAGGGAACCCUAGGAACCCUGAAGGGGAUGGACAGACAGGUGUGGCGCUCUGCGCUGGAAGCGGGAAACUACGAGCUGCUGAGUUCUGACGGCAGACAGAACGGAGGGAUGAACGGACGAGUGGAACCCAUGGAGGUGGACUCACCUGUCCACCUGAGAGCCAGAGACAGGCUGCAGGAGCUGAAGUCGGACAGCACAGCAGUGGCGAGCAGUGGCAGUGGGACUCCUCAGCCAGUCAGCAGCUCGGUACGAAUCCUGGCUCAGGCACUCGCUCACAUCGAGCAAGGCAUCGAGAGGCGCUUCAUCAAAGCUCCGCUGGGUGACGAAGACUCAAAGAAAGACCACAAGAACAAGAAGAACAAGAAGAAGGACGAUGACCAGGCUAGUGAUGACGGCAGUGACAGCAGCCGGGUCAGUAAGACUGUGUUGGAGCGAUGGAGGGAGUCUCUUCAGAUCUGUUCAAGUCUUUCUCAGGUGUUUGUUCACCUGUCCAGUCUGGAGAGAAGUGUCCUCUGGUCUCGCUCCGUCCUCAAUGCUCGCUGUCGCAUCUGCAGACGCAAAGGAGAUGCCGACAACAUGCUGCUGUGUGACGGCUGUGAUCGAGGACACCACACCCACUGUCUGAGGCCCCGCCUCAAGUCGGUUCCAGAAGGAGACUGGUUCUGUCCAGACUGUCGACCCAAACCAAGCCGCCUUCCAACCCGUCACCGCUCUUCUGUUGAGUCGUCGGGGGAAAAAGAGGAGGAGUCGUCGGGGGAAGAAGAGGAGUCGGAGGAGUCGGAAGAAGAAGAGGAGGAGGAGGAGUCGGAGGUAGAAGAGGAGUCUGAGGAAGAGUCAGACAAGGAGAAGGAAGAAGUAGUGAGAACCAAGAAAAACCAGGCCCCGCCCCCUAAAGGCAAAUGUCAACAAGCCCCGCCCCCUAAAGGUCAACAGGCAACGCCCAAAGGUCAACAAGCCACUGCCAAGAACAACAUGCCCGCCUCGACGGGAAUAAACACAUCCGCCUCCAAGUCUUCAGGUAAGAAGGCCACACCCCCCACAGUGAAAGCCAACACGUCUGCAGGUAAAGCUCCGGCUCGUUCUGGGAGUCGUGUCAGCGCCCGUCUGAGCCUCGAGAUCCUGGCACCAAACAGGAACACCAAAACCUCAUUGGGUCCGACCGAUCCCCGCAAAAGACCGCAAACAGACGUAGCUCCGCCUCUCAAACCCUCCAGACCCGUCCUCCCCCCUUCAUCCUCCUCCCCUUCGUCUUCAUCCAGCCGACGCUCCUCUGGCAGGAACUACGGCGUCCACGAGCUGUCGGCCUGCGAGCAGCUGACUGUGGAGCUCGUCAGACAUGAAGACAGCUGGCCUUUCAAGAAGCUGGUGUCCCGGACUCAGGUCCCUGACUACUAUGACAUCGUCAAAAAGCCGAUUGCUCUCAGCACCAUUAGAGAGAAAGUCAACAACUGUGAAUAUCAGACGGCAGAGGAGUUUGUCUCUGACGUGGACCUGAUGUUCUCCAACUGUCUCCAGUACAACCCUCGCCACACCACCGAGGCCAAGGCGGGGCAUCGCCUGCAGCAGUUUUUCCACUCUGAGCUCGACAGGCUCGGCCUAUCGGAGCGCAGCGCUCCGCCGGCCAAGCACUCCCGACACUAAACCAAACGCACCCUUGUGACCUCACCGCCGUCUUCUCUGCUUAUUGGUCCAGGGACGAGGCGCCCCCUCCUCAUGGACUGAUGAGUUGCUUCAUGACCUUUGACCCACCCCCGCCCCCCAGUGACAAUCAAAACAUUUCAUCGGCAACAUGACUGCAGGGGCAAAAGGUCACGAAGGCAAACGCCAACAAACCUCCUCAGACUGUUAACCAGAGACCACGUGAUCACAGUUCAGGGGUCUGCCACCUGUUGACCUUCCGGGUCGUUGCUUCCUGUCCUUGUUAGUGGACAGACGUUUCUGUAGGACAGACACAGGAGGGUCCACUCGGUUAGAAAAGUAACAACCACUAAACAAAGCUAUUUAAAUUAGUUUUCUCUCAGGGACAAAAAAAAAUUAGAUUUGAAUGAAAAAUGUUUUCUACCGUGCAGCAGAGUCACCAUGGCAACAAGUUUUCAGGCUAAAUCUCUUCAACUAGUUUAGACGUAAUCUUCAUUUGGGUGUUAACAUGAAUAAAAGUGAAAUAAACAAUAGUAAUGAGAUUCUCACUGAUUUUAGCCUUAAAGGGACAGUUACACAUUAGUCUUUCACCUGUGUGUGUGUGUGUGUGUGUGUGUGUGUGUGUGUGUGUGUGUGUGUGCAUUGAGGCUUAGCAUAGUGUAGCAUAAAGACUAACGCCAGAUGUGAAAUGGCUUUAGAUGAAAGUAAAAAUAAAUUAAUAUGUGAAACUGUCCCUUUAGUGAUAAACCUGCAUCUCUGGUUUUGUAGUUUUUAUGUAUUCGAGUUCAACAAUGUUCUUCCUGCUUUCGGCUGUUUUUGUUUGUUUGAUGUGUUCUUCUUCUGUGGUGUUAGUGACUGCUACAGCUCAGUCAGAGUGUGAGUGUGUGUGUGGAAGUCAGCUGUACACGACACUGGAGCCGCCGCUGCGUAUUUAUUUAGUUCUGCGUUGGCUUUAUUUUUUAUUUAUGACAUAGUUUCCUGAUGCUGUUUGUUCUCAUUUAAAAAAUAAAUGGACUUUUAUACCCA